CGUUUGACAAGUCAGAUGAAGCGGCCACUUUGACAGACGUCACAUUUCAAUUCAUCGUAUUUUGGUCGUUCAGUGUUAGAGAAAUAAUAAUUUUCUUUGAAAUAUUCACCAUUUUUGCUGGUUAAUUUUCAUUUAUUUUUCAACAUGUAUAAUGAUUUUGCUAAAUAAAUUCCGGCCACUUGCAUUACAUAAUGUAAAAUGUGUUGGGUGUAUGACUAUAACCCUACCACGAACAAUACAACUUCAAAUCACUGCGUUGCAACCGAAGAAGGCCGAUGUUAUUGCAAAUCUUAGCGAGAAACUAUGCUGCACGGAAUAUGUAGCGAAGAAUAUCUACAGCAAAUUUCCAUUGUUGCGAUCGAUUGAUGUCAUUAAAAAUGAUUCGUUGGAAUUGCUUCGCGGCCAAAUAUUUCCGCAGUCUAUCGUUGAGAAUCCGUCGCUGAUUACAAUGAACAUUGGAAUUUUAAAAAAGAAAAUCGAUCUGCUUAAUUCGGCGAAACCAAAAAAACUCGAUGAUUUUGCACCACUACUAGCACUUGAUCAAGACGAACUGAACAAGCUGGUUGCGCGAUUUUUGAAAGAGGAAAAUGAAAUCGAACAAGGCAACCGAAUUUACUUUUUGAGCGAGAAACUUAAGAUUGAGCCAAAAGUGAUCUCAAAGCAUCGCGUCAACUGUGGAUAUGAGCUAUUUUUCUCUUCGUUCCGAAGCUUUGAAAAGAAGAUAAACAUCGUUUUGGAUUAUGGAGUGAGCCCACUGAAUAUACUCAAAGGCCUGUACGUACUUCGUUGUGAUGACAGUGUUUUUGUUCGACGCUCGGAGCGGAUGAUUUCGGCUGGUAUGCCCAUUAAAAUGUAUUACUUUCAACUUCCGGAAGAUGAAUUUGACGAGUUAAUCGCGAAACAUGGAGACACCCAAAAGGGCGCUUCAUCAGCUAAAAUGACGAUGCAGCUGAAGAAACGAAACCGAGAUAAAGCCGUUAUUGUUGAGUCAUUGAAAUCGUUAUUGGAAUGCAAUGAUUCAGACUCAUCCGAGAUCUACUACAAUUACGUGAAUGAAAUCAACGAAUUGGUUUCUGCGAAGAAUAACAUAGCAUAUUUGUUAGGAAUAAAAGUCAAGCUUGAAACGAUCAGGGAAAAUGGAUUUUUACUAUCCAUGCCAAUAGAUGAAAUUGAGGAAAAACUGGACAUAUUGAAAUCAAUGAAGCCAAAGAAUAUUGAAGAUUUCAUUCCGCUGAUGAGUGUCGACACAGCUGUGCUGGACGAAUACAGAUGUAAACUUGAGAAACAAUUUACCAUCGGACGCGAUCAUCCGAUUUAUUACUUUAGCGAACAGUUGGAAAUUCCAGCCAAUGUCGUAGCCACACAAUUUGCCGAGCAUCGAAUUGUUUUCCUUAAAUACGCACCACAACUACUACAACCGAAAUUGGAUGUACUGCUGCAGCACGAUGUGGAUCGAUCAAGCAUUUUGAAUUGUCAGAAUACAUUUAAAUUCAGCGUGAAAAAAAUCGAAGAAGUCAUAUGCAAACUGAAGAGAGAUGGUUUUGAUAAGAUUUCAUCGUGGAUGAUUAUCCUACCCGAUAGCCCAGAACAUGAUAAACUAGUCGCAAAACAUGCAAAAGAGAAGAAUUCAUUGGAAGGGUUUGAGAGUAAUAUGGACUACCUGGUACAUCGACUGGGGUGGAAUGAGACUGACCUAGCGAUAGCUUUGCGAAAAUAUCCGAAACUGGCAAAAUGUUCGGCCUCUAAGAUAAAGAGCCUACUAGACUAUUUAUUGAAUGAGACGCAAUUCACGGCGGCGGAUCUAGUACAUUUUCCCUAUAUAUUUGCCAGGAAUGUGGACGAAAUCAAACAACGAAUCGAUGAGAUGACUAGAAUUGGUGCUCCAAUCACGUUGUCCAUAAUUUAUCAGGGAAAAACCAAUUAAAUGCUGUCUUUGUUCCAAUGAUGUUCUUGUUUUCGGGUCUUUAUCAAACUAUGGAAAGGAAGUCCAAACGUUUUAUGAGAAAGCAUACAAUAUUCAACCCAAUGAUACGCUAUGUGGUAAUUGCCAAGUGACUACCGAAGAUUACCUCAAGCAUUAUCUUAAAGCCAAAUCGGCAUUGAAAUUACAUUCUUUGAAGACCGUAUGUAAUUUUUGCUCCAGAGUUACUAACGACUCCACAGACUUUGCCGAUAUGUAUCGAAGCGAUUUGCGACUGAUGAACUUCAUUCAAGAUCUAUAUAUACGUAGCGUUCUCACGGAAAGUCUUCCCGAAGAAGGUGUUGCUCAGAAGAAAGGUGAUAAAUGUGGAUCCAUCGUUUGCAAUGAAUGUUACACCACCAUGAACCGUUUUUACAUCCAUUGGAAAAAAUAUUCGAAAUCGCCUGAGGCCCUAGCUCAACGGAAUGAAACAGCAGGUCCCUCAAACGCUACAGCUUCGACAAACAAGUCAUCAAGUUCGGGACAACCAUUAGAUUUUUGGGGGGGUACGAAUGAAUUUCCAUCAGCUCCAUCGUCGGUUUAUACACCGCAAAACGAACCAUCAGAUGGAUCAAACAGAGAAGAAUCAAGCUCACCUGUUUCGGCAUCGAACAUCGAAGUAAUUGCUGUUGGCUCUAGCCCAGAAAGCCAGUCUGAUACAGCAUUGAACACCGAAGUAAUUGAUAUAACCAGCAGUAGUCCAGAUAACAAGUCUGAUUCGGCAUCAAACAGCUCAGUUGGUGUUGAAGAAUAGUGCAGUUUGGAACGUUCAUCGUAUUCAACAUCACAGUCAGAAGCCGAAUAAAUAAUCGUCUAUUCCAUUCAACAUCAUUCCAAGCCAUCACAUUCUAUCGGGUGUAAAACUAAAUGACACUGGUAACUGUUGCACCGUUCGAUGAGAAUGGCUAAAUUCGCGUAAAAAAGUACAAGUCAAUUACAUUUCAUUGUUUUCUUUAGAUUGACCACUGUGUCAUUUCAUGUUUUCAACCGAUUUGUACUAAGGAAUAGAAAUAAAUAUCAAGAAAUUUUGAAAUAAUGAGCUUUUGUACGACUGUGGAAUGACAGAAAACCCCAAAAAAUAAAACCAAAUAGUUAUUACUAAAUUGAAAAAUGAUGGAACUUUCUUUUCAUACAGUCUGAAUUCAUUUUAUUCACUUUUAAAAUCGAGAACAAUACAUUGUCGGAGCAUUGAAAAUAUGAACGAAAAAAAAAUUGAGUCAAUAACCUAUACCUAUGAUGAAUUGCUUACAUAUUUAUGAAAUAUCAAUUGUUUCCAUGCUGGUGGUUGCCCUUUGCAAACGAUACUGCUGAUUCAUUUUGAGAGCGAUUUUCUUCCAUUUGGUGAGUUCAGUGGAGAACUCGUCAUUCUGUCGCUUUUUUUCUAUAAUCCGUGCCAAAAGCAUGCGUGGGAAUUUGAACGCACGUUCAUCUUGGACAGUAUACAACGGCUUUUGGUCGUCAUUUUUGUUUGUUGUGGUAGCAUUUGCAUCAUCGGUAUCUUCGGAUGUCUUUAUGGCCAUCGCUAUUUCAACUUCUUCGUCCUCGAUUACACUGUGAACGUGACCAAAUGAUUGGAUAUUAAGCAUUAAGUCGAGAAUCAUCCAAUUCACAAGUCAAUUAUUUGCACUUACAUUACAUCAGGAACGCGGCGUUCUUCAACAACUGGACUCGACACGGUAGCAACUUUUUCCGGUGCUUUGCUAAGGAUUGGCAUUGGGUGUUCCAUUACUUUUGCCACAACUUUCGGUUGUACAUUGGGAAUGCUUUGUACUCUGCUUAUCUUCGGGAUUUGAGUUUCGAUGUAUGUGCCUUUCGGUAAGGUGAUCACUGGCCGCGGCGCUGGCUUCAAUGUUGGCGGUAGUCUAGUUAUAUGUGCGGCCGAUGACGUUGAUACGGGUAUUAAUUUGGCGGUUCCAUUGUCUAGCCGCGCAACAAUAGCCUGUGAAAGUGACAAUUUAUUCAUCUGUGGCGAUGGCAUCGAUUUUCUCAAUACUGACACAUUUCCUUUGGCUACAAAUUGUGGAUUUGGUACAACGUUGACUUUAGUAAGCGCUGGAACGGGCCGUUUGGCUGUUGCGUUUAUGUUUGCUCUUGCUGUUGACACAGGUGUUAGCCUACCAUUUGGUAGGCUAAUGCGCUGCAGUUUGUUUGCCACAUUCACACUGUUCAUUUGAACUGGAUUGGGCCGUUUCAAUACUUGUAUGUUUGGCUUGGGCAAAAGUGGUGGCAGCUUUGAAUAUGGCAAUGAUAAUCGGCGCGCAAUGACUGGAGCACUGCGUCUUGUCAUCGAAUGAUUGUCGGCAUUUUUCUUGUGCAACGGGACAUUUAUGCUGUGCGUUUUUGUUGGGGAUGCCUGUUGAUGGGUCGUUUGUGUUUGCUGCUUUGCACUAUCAGAAGAAGUUAGAGAGAGAAUUUCAAUUUUGACAUUCGAAAGAGACUCCUGUUCAAUUGUAGUUCAUUUCGUUUGCUCAUCGAACCAACGAAAGUGAAACUUACAUUUCCUUUUGUCUACAUGCGAUUGCACUCUUGAAUAUCGAUGGCUUGGCACCGUCCGUUAAUUUGUCAUCCAUUGUAAAACAAGCGCUAGCAAAAUGAAGCGCACAAACUCUCAUCGAUUUGUUCCAUUCAAUCUUUUGGUUGUUAUAUAAUUCAAUGAUAAACAUCCAUUUUUUGCGCUGUUCUUCGCUAUCGGGGAAUCUAUCGAAAGUACAAAUUCAUUCACAGAUUUAACUUUUACACACUUUGAAGUAUUCAAUAUGAGUUUUGAUCUUCUGUUUUUUUUUAAAUCUUCAACUGUUUUAAUUGAUAAAAUGACAUUGAAAACAUACUUAAAGCCGGCAAUUUUCGGAUCCGUGUCGUCGAAUUUGGUUGGGCAACCAGUAAUACAGCACUUUGAUUCAGUUGACGUUGAAUCUGGAACCGGCUUCGUACUCUUCUGCUGCGGAAGAGGUUGCGUAGUGGUGGCUUUUUGCGGGAAAUAAAUGGGCAGUGCGUGGUCAACCAAUUGCCGGGAUAUGGGUUGCAUGGACGACUUUGCAAAAUGCAACGAACAAACAAUAUGAUUUGAUUUGCGUCUGUACCUCGGAUCAAAAUCCUUAAUCUUCAUUUCCCAUUUAUGUGCCCAGUCAGCGUCAGUUGGAAAC